GUAAUGAAUAUGUAUACUAAUAAGAGUGGGAGAUUUGAAUUAAUUCAAUUGCUUGACACACAGCGUGCUUCAUCAAACCAAGCGUUUGUACGCUCUUGAAAGCUGAAUUUAUACGUAUCGUUAUUUUCAGGACAAGAAAUAUCUAGAAUGGAAGUUCAAUCUUUUAAUAAGUUUUUACUAAUCUUGAUCAUACUAUUCAUGUGCCGUAGCACCGAAACUCAACGUUCUUCGCCAUGUCAUCGUAAAUGCUCUUACGUGGAGGCUUUUCAGCAGGCGAACUGUGAAUACAGAUCAUUGGAUACGAUACCAGUCGAAUGCAAUGCUGCUUCGUAUCUUUCGCUCCGUUACAAUAACAUCGCAAGAAUACGACCUGAGAUUUUUAGAGGUUUUCCUUUCCUAAAAUACCUCUUAUUAUCAAACAACAACAUCUCACAUAUCGAAGCAAAUACAUUCAUCGGGGCACCUCAACUUAAGUCUAUCAAACUGCUCUACAACAAUCUUCAGGUGUUCGAUCGGUACGCACUAAACGGAACAGAAAACCGACUCCGAAACAUCUACUUGAGUAGGAACUCACUUAGAGUCAUCGAGAACGGAACCUUCCAACUCGUACCAAAGCUGGAAGUUAUUGAUCUGUACCAGAACCGUCUUUCUCAACUCACUUCCGGUGUCUUCCAACAUUUAAAAUACCUCGAGCGUCUUUUCCUCGGCAUGAACAAACUGGUUGAUCUUCCUGAGGAUGUCUUCAAAGACCUAUCUUCCUUGGUCUACUUAGACCUGUCCAACAAUUCUCUCACAACCCUUUACAUUAAUGUUUUUGCACAUAUGGAUUACCUAAUGACCAUUGAUCUCUCUGGUAAUCGAUUGAUUUCUAUUGGCAAUGUUCUUCAUCUUCCGAAUAUUCGUUUGGAUUUAAGAUGGAACAAUCUUCAUCAAAUUGACAAUUUGACCUUGGAGAUCUUGACAAGUAACGCCGAAAUUCUGUUUCUGAAAGGCAAUCCUUGGCAUUGCGACUGUAGUAUGGAGCCAUUGCGUCAAUGGUAUCAACAACUAUCCAUAAGCAACGAGAAGGACGUCAAGAUUGAUAAUCCAGUGUGUUCAUACCCGAGCGAUUUAGCAAAUCACACUGUAAUUGACCUUGAAGUGUCUCUGUGUAUAGAGAUACCAGCAAGCAGCGAAGAAACUUCUACAGCAACUUCCCGCCCCUUCCCUUCUAAUAAUGAAUUCCAUAAUAAUGAUAAUGUUGGAAUUGACAAGAAUGUACCAAUGUACCAAGAUUCUGUCACAGAGAGAGCUGAAAGUGGAAAAACAGAUGAUAAAUUAUUGAUUGUGAUCGUUGGAGUUGCGGUAGCAUUUACCAUUCUGAUUACCUUGUUUGUAGUAUUCAUUGUGAUAAAGAUUCGAAAAAGACAUUCGGAUGACAAAGGCAGUGAUGAGCCAAAUGUAAACACACCUUUAAAGCCUCGCGAACAAUUCGACAAUACGUCUCAUGUAGGCAAAAUGUUAACACCAGAGAAAGAAAUUCUGAACAAAGAAAGAAAUGUUGAAAGGUGUAGCAAAAAACUCAACUUUAUACCUUCAGAAUCUAUCUGCUGAUCCUUGAAGCUACUGCCUCAUUUCAUUAUUAUUUCUUAAUUUUUGUACUUAUUUUUAACCAUUCCUUUCCUGUAAAUAAUGAUUACUUGUAUAAUACAGUACACUGCAAAAAACGCCGGUGUUAAAUCACCACCAGCCCGGAAUCUAUAUACAGUGGGCAGACUAACGUUGUGUAUUUAUUUUAGCAGUGUUAUAAUAGCAGAUCAAUAUUAAUAUUUUGCUAAAGAAAACUUUGCAAUCUGUUUUCCUUCUUGGAACUAUAUAUAUAGUCUAUUUACUGACAAGAUUUUGCCGGCUUAUUUUGUAUCCAUGUUAUCUCUGCAUGAGCUUUCAUUUCUCCUGUGUAUUGUAUACAUGUAUUACAAUUGCCUAAAAUGUCAUACUUUAUACUUUAUGAGCAAUAAUUUUCAUAACUCAUUCAAUGUAAAUAUUUGUACACUUUUAUAAAAAAAAACUGCAAAACUUG